CAUUUGAGUAGACGUCUUACUUUUCAACCAUACGAUCAACCACGCUUACAAAUCUGAAUUCAUUUUCAUCUCAAUAUCUGCAAUAGAUUUCUCAUAAGGAAUUCAGUCCAUCCAAUUCAAGCACUGACGAGUUUAUAGAAGCUCUAAUAUGUUGGGAAGCCCUAAAACCCACCAUUAAUCUUGGCCCCAAUCAUGUCAAAAAUUGAAAUCCCAGCUUCAUCAGUUUGGUUUCUUUGCAUUGUUUACAGCAUUGAAAGUUUGCUACAGGCAACCCAAGCAAUAGCAGUCACAGAUCCUGUUGAAGUUGCUGCAGUAAGGUCACUUUCUGAGAAGUGGAGUAUUGGUUCAUCUGGAACAUGGAACCUCACAGAUCCAUGCUAUGGCGUGGCCAGUUCUACUGCAGAGGCAGGAAAUCCUGGCAUCAAGUGUGUCUGCACAUACAACAACGGAACCAUCUGCCAUGUUACACAAAUUCACAUAUCUGGGUUGGACAAAACAGGGCAGCUUUCAGAAGAAAUGGCUAAUCUGACUUACAUCUCCCAACUGAACUUGGGCCAGAAUAAUUUUAACGGUCGCAUUCCUGCUUUCUUGGGGAAACUCACCAACAUGCAAUAUUUGGCCCUUGGCAUUAAUAACUUUUCUGGUCCUGUACCUAAGGAACUUGGAAAUCUUCAAAAUCUGAUAGGAUUGGUUGCAGACAAUUAGGUGUUCUUUUCAUCAGCACGGCAAUAGGGAAAGGCUCAAAAUGUCGAAACACCGUGAUUCAUUGGGCUUGUGAGAUUUUUAAUGCAUUUUCAUGCAAGCGAUGGAGUUGCAGAAGCUCAAAUUUGGUGCUUAGUUGACUGCAAACUAUUUGGGUAUGAAAUAUAACACGCCAUUUACAUGCAAUUUUUAUGUCAACAAUGAAGUAUCAGACACAUGAGCAAAUGGAUCAUGAUUUCUUCAGUUUGAAGUUACAGAUGAUAAUGCCCAGUUGUCACGCAACAUUGCGUUAACUCUAUUGUUCGUCAAACUCCAAGUGCAUCUGUCCUCAUAAACAUGCAAUCUCAUUCUUCGUCUUUAAAAGAAGAAUUGAGCUCGUUUUCUAGGGGUUUGAGCAGAUUUUUUUGUGAAUCAAUUGUACAGACUUGUUUUUGCU